AUGAGUGAAAGACCAGUGCCCAGAAGAGAGAGCCCAUGGGGCAUGUCGGAAGGCGAUCACAGGCAACCCAAAGCCCACAGGUGCAACGACCGAGCUGAAGAUGUCAUUCAAGCUUGCUUCGAGGGUAACCCCUUUAAAACCGUUCCAGGGCCUUUCAAGCUAUUCUGGCAGUGCAUGCGCUCCAAACCUGGGGAGGAGCCGACAGAGCCAUAUACAUACUUAGACUUGGAACCUCCCAAAAGAGAAGCAAAACUUGAGUAA